ACAGCCAGCUGAGGGGGGUCCGUUCAGCGGCCUCAGUCUGAGCUGUUAGUAGAGUGACAGACAUCCACUCUUUUCUUUUUGGGUUGUGUUUUCUACACAUGUUUGGGUGGACACCAUGAUGAAAGCGGAAGAUUUAGAGGAAGUAGAGAUUGACUUUGAGGACUCCGGGGACCCUGAAGAAUUUGAUAAUGGAGAGGAACCUCAGACGCUGUGGAGGGCCCCUCCUUCUCUGGAAGAAGAGGAGAACAUUCAUACUUCUACCCUGGUGGAAAUCAGCGAUACCAAGCCUCUGAUUAAUGUCAGAGACCCCCGAGGUAUCAAUGACUGCCUCCAGGUGACGUUUGAGGACGUGAUUGCCGAGCCAGUAACAGUGCGCAGCGGGGACAGAGUGUGGAUCUGGAGCCAUGCCCUGUUCGAGGUGUCCCGGGUUUGGAUCUACAGGAUAGUCACAGUGCUCCUGGCCGUUCCCAUGUCAGUUAUCUCCGGUCUGCUCUUUGCCAUCCUCAGUUGCUUCCACAUCUGGAUGGUUUCUCCCUGUGUCCAGUGUAUCCUUAUGGGCACCCGCUGGCUACAGAGCCUAUGGAGUGUCGUGCUGGGCAUCAUUGUGGGCCCCUUCCUCACGAGUGCUGGGAGAUGCUGCGGAGGCUUCAGCGUUCACCUGGCCAAAGAAUGAGACUCACACAUGAGAAAUUCAUCCGGACUGGGAUUGUAGGUGCUCAAGUGCACUGGUGGACUGAGCCCAAGUGGGCAUUGGUUUUUCAUUCUUUAAUACGUAAUUCAAAAUAAGAUGUUUAUUAAUACGUGUUUUCCAAGAUAGCUCAACAGUAUCUGCUGGUUCUUUUUAAUGAUUUCACAAGGCAUGUGACAUUUUCAUACAAACAUUUGGACCUGCAAUAAAACAAGCUGAUGUAGUCUAUUUCAAAAUUUCAUCUUCAGAGUGUGAAAUGACUUUGGUGAGACAAAAAAGGGGAUUAGAGUUCUUAACAACUGAGAUCAGUGCGAUUAAGAAUUAGAUUAAGAGAGUCUCGAUAGCUUAUGUUGCAGUAAGUGAUUUCAAGAAAAUGAGAAUGAUGAAAGCAUGAAGUACUUUUACAAAUAUUGUAGUAGGUUUACGGCUCUGGAUGAUUUUUAGAAUUAUGAAAAUUGAAUGUUGUACAAUCUCUAUAUCAUAAUGUUUGAUUUUGGUUUUAUACUUUACAUUUUUAAACUGCUGUUUAGAGUUUUAUCUCAAGAAGCAAAAAUGUACAACUACUAGGAUUUCAUUUUAAUUAUAGAAGUUACUGAUUCCAAACCUGAGAAUAUUUAGUUCUUUAGAAAAGAUCCAGUUAUAUUAGAUUUUCCUGGGAGGAAAUGGCGGUACAAGACACAAAUUACAUUUUUUUCUGUUUGAAAUAGGAUUAGCUCUAAACAGAAAACAUCAUUAUUCUGUUAAAUGAAGUGAAGGGCCAGCGGGAGGCCGAGGGUUUAAUAAUAGAGCAUCCUACGGACAUGUAUAUGUAUAUGAAUUAAAAGACACCUCAGUAUCUCUUUCAACUCAUUAUUGUGACUGAAAGAGAUAUUUAAACCAUUGUCUGUUACAGUAUACGGGCUAUUGCAUUGAUAAUGUGGAGGUCAGCAGGACAGGGAAUGUCUUUAUGCAAUAUAAUUACCUUCAUAUAUAUAUAUGCAAUAAUUUCUAAGCUUUAAACAAACAUUUUUUUUAGCCAAGCUGUGUAUUUAAUUUGUAUUUUAUAUAGUUUUAUAUGGGCAACACUUGUAGUCUUGCGUUUUCUUUAAUUAAUAAAACAUCUUAAAUAAAACUUCUGACGAACAUGAAAUAUAAUAAAAUAAAGAUUUAUACAUGUAUGGUCAUCCUACACAUGCAAUGAAAACAUUAAAUGUCUUCACAAAUGGGA